GUACCAGUUGUACAGACUGGUCAAAUUUUCAGCCACUUUCACAAUUACUUUAAAAGGGCAGUGAUAUGCAUUUUCAGACACAUUCUGACAUUUUCUCUUUUCCAUUUCUGCUCUAUGUAUGAAAACUUUUAAAUGCUGUAUUUGAAUCCUGGUGAGAUACUUAUUUUGCAUGUUAUUCCUAUCUGUGUGGGUUUUCUCUGAGUACUUGGGUUUCCUCUAACAAACAGUCCAAAAACAUUCAUGUUAAGUUAAUUGAUUUCUCUAAGUUGCCCUUAGUGAGUUUUUGUGUUUGCUGUGCUGUAAUCAUCUGCUAACCUGUCCAGGGUGAACUUCUCCUUUCUUCCAAUUUCCACUGGACUAACUGGAGGCCCUCCUACGUCAGGGGUAACAGAACAUGGAUGGGUGAAUCCUGAGCAAAGUAUUUUUCACCAGGAUGAGAAAAGAAACAUUUUGUCACAAUGAAAUAGAAAUAAUAUGUUAUCUGGUAAAAGCUUAAAAUAUGCACUUUUAAUUUAAAAAACAACAAAACUGCCUGCUGGUUAGGAUCAAAAUGCUGAUUCUUCUCAUUUACAUUUAUUGGUUUAUUAGUUUCAUCAACACACAUUCAGUAAAUUAGAAUAUUAAGUGUAUUUGAGUAACUUAAUUUAAAGAAUGAAUCACAUUACAUAGAUGAAUUUAAGACAGAACUUUUUUUCAAGCUUUUAUUUCUUACAGCUUACAUCUUACAGCUAAUGCAAAAUUUAAAAUGAGAUUAUUUCACCAGACCAAUAAAAACAUUUUAGAACAGAAAUGUGGGCUGAAUAAAAAAGUGUUUUAUUCUUGCUUAGAGGUUAUUUUCAAAAAAUAUAAAAUAGCUAACAAAUAGCAUAAUCUGAAUGCAUAUUUUAAUUUACUGAAUACAAAUGUAACUACUGCUACCGUUUAGCUUUAAAGAGCGGUUAAGAUCGAGCUUUUUAUUUUGAAGGUCAAUCUGACCCGACGAAUAGCGGAAGUAGUUGUCGCCUAGCAGCAAAAGCUAAGCGAACACAAACUUUUGUUUCUUCCCUUUUGAAGCUAACAUGUCUCCGUUCAGUCGGCUUUAUGAGUGUAUUUUUACUGAAUUACCUCCCGUUAGUUUUAGCUUAGCUCGUUAGCUAGAAGCAGACAGGAAAACAGCGAGUCAGAGUCGGGUUAAUGUAGAACAGACUGUUUCUGAUGUAUUGGGAGAGAAACGUUUUAUUUUUAUUUUAUGAAAACAUCAGAAGGUCUCAGUGUAUGAGAGAAAACAACUACCAGAGAUGGAGGAACCAGCACAUGACGUCCAGCAGCUGCUGGUGAUCAAAAAGGAGGAGGAAUGGAGUCCCAUCCUGGAUCAGGAGGACCGGAAACCUCCACAGAUUAAAGAGGAACAGGAGGAGAAUGAGAUUAUUGAGUUAAUAUUCAAUCCAGUUCCUGCGAAAAGUGAAGAUGAUGAAGAGAAACCUCAGCUCCCAGAGCUUCAUCACAGCCGAACCAAGGAAACCGAAUACCUUGUGGAACCAGAUCAAUGUUUAGAAUCAGAUGGUGAAGAAGAAACUUCUGAUUCUUCAUCAGAGUCCUCAGAAACGGAUGUCAGUAAUGGAAACUGGGAGGAGAGCAGUGAAGCUCACUCAGGUUUGGGGUCUGGAACCAAUAACACAGAUUCAGUUUGUAAGAAAGGUAAAAAGUUACAUCCCUGCUCUGAGUGUAAUAAAACGUUCAGUUGUAGACAAUAUUUGAUAGAACACAACAGAAUCCACACUGGAGAAAAACCGUUUAGUUGCUCCAUCUGCGACAAAAGCUUUAGUUUAAAAAAAACCCUGAAAAGACACACAAUAACACACUCUAGCGAAAGGCCUUUCAGCUGCUCGGUCUGCAGCAGAAGUUUCAAGUAUAAGUCACAUCUAUCUUCCCACAUGAUUGGUCAUACUGGAGAAAAACCUUACAGCUGUUCUGUUUGUAAGGCAGCUUUCCAAAGAAGACAAAGUUUAGUGGAACAUACCAGAAUCCACACUGGGGAAAAACCUUAUAGCUGCUCUGUUUGUAAGGAAUCUUUCCCAACAAGACAGCGCUUAGUGAACCACACAAUGGCACAUACUGGAAAAAAACCUUUCAGCUGCUCCAUCUGCGACAGAAGUUUUAGAAGGAAAAUAUCUUUGACUCACCACAUGAAGACGCACAGUGAAGAAAAAUCUUUCAGCUGCUCCAUCUGUAGCAAAGCUUUUAUCUCCCAGGGAUGCUUACAAAAACACAAAAUCAUACAUGCAGAGGAACGAUCUUACAUAUGUUCUGUGUGUAAUGCAGGUUUCAAAACUAAAAAAAAUUUGGUGGAACACACAAGGAUCCACUCUGGGGAAAGACCUUUCAGCUGCUCGGUCUGCGGCCGAAGCUUCAAAUGCAGGUCCUAUUUAUCCUCUCACAUGGUCGGUCAUGCUGGUGUAAGACCUUACAGUUGCACUGUCUGUAAGAUGGCUUUCAUGAGGAAACGCAAUUUAAAGGAACACACAAGAACCCACACUGGAGAGAAACCUUACAGCUGCUCUGUCUGUAUGGCGGUUUUCCUGAGGAAACAUACUUUAGUGCAACAUGAAAGAGUUCAUACUGGGGAGAAACCUUACAGCUGCUCUGUUUGUAAGGAAACAUUUAAGUGGAAAAACACAUUCAACAAUCAUGUAAGACUGCACACAGAUCAGUAACACAGACUGUGGUCAAAACUUCAGGCAGUCUUUGAUAUUGGAUUUGGAGAAUGAAGUGUCCGUUCACAUUUAAGCUCGUCUGUCUCAACAUCUCUUUCAAGGAAAUAAACCUCACAGGACUGGAACUUAAGCUAAAGGGAAGCUGCGUAAUGUAACUGUGGUAACAUCAUAUGUUGUUUAUGGAAUUAAAUAUUACAAGAUAUAUUUAAAUCAAUUUAAACAAACUUGAUUUGUUUAAAUCGAAUCUUGACCCAAUUAGACCCUGUUUAAGAAGGAUUCUUUAUAAAAUCUGGAAAAUUACAGACAACCCUGAGCAUCCUCUUUAUGAGACUCUUAUACAACAGAUUGUUUUUGGCCCUCCAGCCAUCAAGGACUGAACUAUAGGAAACAAAGACCUGUGUGGUUUCUUUUUAGCAUCCCGCCGACAUCAGGAAGACUAUGUGUAACUUCCUCCUCUACUUAGCUGGCGAAGGGAGGUCUGCUAACCACAAGCCCUUGAUAUAAUAAAUAUACAGUGUCUGUGCAUCCACUGUAUGGAUUUUGGCCUUAUUUAUAAUUCUGCUAACGGGAUCUUUGAAUUAUAGAGGGAAUAUGAAUCGUCACGCUGCAUCAGCAUCCGCUGCACUGCGCAGCAGAUUUAAUUGCUUCUACUUUUACUUCUAUAAUUUUGUUUUACUUUUUAGUAGUUUUACUUUUCACCAUUAUUUCAUCUUUAGCUUAGUCGUUUAAUUGAGUGUGGCUAGUUUAGUAAGUUUUUAAAUUAAAGUAUUUACCUGUGACAUUCUGUGUAAACUUCUGGUUCUGCAAGAAAAGGGCUGAAUAAAUGAAAAGCUUACUU